AUGGGUAAAUUAAUACAACCCCGGAUUAAUGUAAAGAUGCCUGCAGUUUCUUCUUCUUUUUCCUCUGUGUAUGGUUUUAUGAAACCAUUGAGCAAAGCCAUUUUUCAUUUAUGGGCACUUCUCUUGUUCCAGGCUUUGUCAUCCAUGGAACAGUUUCGGAACCUGGAUCGUGACAUUGAAGGAUCUGCCAAGCGCUGGAAGAAGUUUGUGGAGUCUGAAUGCCCUGAAAAGGAGAGGUUCCCUCAGGAGUGGAAGAAUAAGUCAGCUUUACAGCAUCUGUGUAUGAUGAGAGCACUACGACCUGACCGUAUGACUUAUGCUGUCCUGGAUUUUGUGGAAGAAAAGCUUGGGAGCAAAUACGUGGUAGGACGAUCUCUGGAUUUUGCAACAUCCUAUGAGGAAUCAGGACCUGCAACCCCCGUGUUCUUUAUUCUCUCACCUGGAGUGGAUCCCUUGAAAGAUGUAGAGAAACAUGGAAAGAAACUUGGCUACACAUUUAACAACCGGAAUUUCCAUAAUGUCUCACUGGGGCAAGGUCAAGAGAUAGUAGCAGAACAAGCCCUCGACCUGGCAGCAGCAGAAGGACACUGGGUUAUCUUGCAGAACAUUCACCUGGUGGCCAAGUGGUUGAGUUCUCUGGAGAAGAAACUAGAACAGCACAGUGAAGGUAGUCACCCUGAUUUCCGGAUCUUUAUCAGUGCAGAACCUGCAGCUUCUCCUGAAAGCCAUCUGAUACCACAGGGUAUCCUUGAGAAUUCCAUCAAAAUCACAAAUGAACCUCCAACUGGGAUGCAUGCCAACCUGCACAAGGCUCUGGACAACUUCAACCAGGACACGCUGGAGAUGUGUACCCGUGAGAAUGAGUUCAAGAGCAUCCUUUUUGCCCUCUGCUAUUUCCAUGCUGUGGUAGCAGAAAGGCGCAAAUUUGGCCCUCAGGGCUGGAAUCGUUCAUACCCAUUUAACAUUGGGGACCUCACCAUUUCUGUCAAUGUUCUAUACAAUUACUUGGAGGCCACUUCUAAGGUUCCCUAUGAUGACCUCCGGUACCUGUUUGGAGAGAUCAUGUAUGGGGGUCACAUUACAGAUGAUUGGGAUAGGCGUCUCUGUAAAUCCUACUUAGAAGAAUUUAUCAAGCCUGAAAUGCUGGAAGGAGAGUUUUUAUUGGCUUCUGGAUUUCCCCUCCCAGGAAACAUGGACUACAAUGGUUAUCAUCAGUAUAUAGAUGAUGCCCUACCUCCUGAAUCUCCAUAUCUAUAUGGCCUUCACCCCAAUGCAGAAAUUGGCUUCUUAACUCAAACAUCAGAGAAGCUUUUCCGUACUGUUUUGGAGCUACAACCUCGAGACACUAAUCUUGGAGAAGGUGUAGGAACCACUCGGGAAGAGAAGGUGAAGGUGCUGCUUGAUGACAUCCUGGAGAAAUUGACAGAUGAGUUUAACAUUCCUGAGCUGAUGGCCAAAGUAGAAGAGAGAACACCAUACAUUGUGGUUGCCUUCCAAGAAUGCGAACGCAUGAACUUUCUCACUUGUGAGAUUAAGCGGUCACUGAGAGAGCUGGACCUGGGACUGAAGGGUGAAUUAACCAUGACCAACGACAUGGAAACCUUGCAGAAUGCUAUCUUCUUAGAUAUGGUGCCUGAAUCAUGGACCAGGAGAGCUUAUCCUUCCAUGUCUGGUUUAGGCACGUGGUUCACCGACCUUCUCAAUCGCAUCAGAGAGCUUGAAGCAUGGAUAGGAGACUUCGUGCUACCAUCAGUGGUGUGGCUGGCAGGAUUCUUUAACCCACAGUCUUUCUUGACAGCCAUCAUGCAGUCCAUGGCCCGAAAAAAUGAGUGGCCUCUGGAUAAAAUGACGCUGCAAUGUGACGUGACUAAGAGAAACCGUGAAGAGUUCACCAGUCCUCCGCGGGAAGGUGCAUAUAUUCACGGCUUGUUCAUGGAGGGUGCACGCUGGGAUAUGCAGACUGGAUUGAUUGCUGAUGCCAGAUUGAAGGACUUGACUCCACCCAUGCCGAUUAUUUUCAUUAAAGCCAUCCUUGUUGACAAGCAAGACGCACGCAAUGUAUAUCCUUGUCCUGUAUAUAAAACCCGCCAACGGGGUCCUACUUAUAUUUGGACAUUUAACUUGAAGACUAAAGAGAAACCAUCCAAAUGGAUUUUAGCAGGGGUCGCUCUCCUCCUGCAAGUUUAGACUUCACUUCUCUUUUUCUAGCAAAAAAAAGGUCAUCUUUUCUUAUUUGGUAUUCACUUCAGAGAAUGAAUGAAUGCCCAGUGUUGUCUCAUGCUUGUAUACAUCUUUCAAAAAGAAUGAAAGAUGAGUUGAAUUAUCUUCAAGCACACCACAGGGUUUCAAGUUUAUUACAUUGUUAAAUAAAAGGUGCCUAUUUGGUUUAUGUACCAUAAAUAAGUAAUAACUAUUAUCCAAUUUACAAAACAGGGGACAUGUUUAAAUAAUAGGUAAACAGGCAAAGAAAUUCAUGUAAGCCAGUCUUAGAGCUUCAGAUAUGUUGGGACUAUAACUCUCAAAAUUCCCAAUUAGCAUGGCUGUGCUAAUCAAUAUUUCUGGAAGUUGUAAUCCUGGUGUAUUUGGAGUCUACUGUCAGCGUGAAAAAGGCUGGCUUCAGUUGAAACAUUCUCGAAUGGUGACAUAAAUAUUGCAUAAGCUUCAAUGGGAAGACCCAUUCAUCAACAUAGAUCCAGAUCAUAAAAAGCUUAUUUUCCCUGUUUCCUUUCAGCCACAGUUCAUUUGGCAAGGAGGCCUAGAAUGGAAGGGUUGAGUAAGUGUUUGAAAUGAAUGGUCUUUUGGGUGUACUGGUCCUAAACCAUGAAAAGCUUGAAAGAUCAACACCACUGUGUUGAAUGGCAUAUAAAAACAUACAGCAAGUGGUUCAAGCUCCAUUUUCUGAAUAAUUGUAUUUGCUAAUGAAGCUUCAAGUCAUCAAAUGCAGAAAAAAGCACUUCUUUUUAGUACUCCUACCAGUGGUGGGUUCCUACUGGUUCAGACCAGUUUGGCUGAACCGGCAGCGCCAUCUUGUUUUUGCUUCUGUGCAUCUGCAGAGUUAUUUUUAUUGCAAUGCGCAUCAAGCGUGCACGCGAAGUGCCCACAAGCGAACCAGCAGUAUGACUGCCGGAACCCACCCCUGACUCCUACUACUGCUGCAUGAUGUAAACAGCAAGUGUUGCUGUGCUGGAUUUUUUUCUCUAGAGCCAAAUUUUGGCAUUGACUUAAAAAUGAGUCUUUUAUGCACUUUGAGGCAUAAAUGAGUAUAUUUGAGAUGUUUCUUUAUUGAUGGUGAGCAAUUUCAACCAAACUUGGUACACAGAUGACUUACUCUCUGGAAACAAAUAUUGUGGGGUUAAGACACCCUU